AUGGAUUCCGUUAACUUGGAAAUAAAUGCUCUCAUCUCUCACACAAAUGCUCUCCACUGUUCCGAACCUUCUGCUCCCAUCUUGGGUGAUCAUCCCAUUAACCAGACUCUCCCCCCCUCUCUCACCUUAGUUGGGAAGAUUAUUUCCCUUAAAACUGUGUCCAAGACUGCUAUAAAAAAGAACAUUCUGCAAGCUUGGCAGUUUGUGAAGUCUCUCACCACUGAGGAUAAAGAGGAUAACAAAAUGGUUUUUACCUUUGAAGACCUGGAGGAUCUUUCUAGGGUUCUAAACAAUUCUCCUUGGAAUAUCAAUGGAUCUCCUUUAUUUUUGAAGCGUUGGGAAAAUGAUGAAACUUUUGAUGAUAUUGGUUUUUCGAAGGCAGCGAUCUGGGUACAGGUGCAUGGACUUCCUCUUGAUAAAAUGACGGUGGCCAAUGCUAAGAUUAUUGCAGAAAGUAUUGGAGGUCUGGUUGAAGUUGAUAAUAUGGAUAAUAUGAAGCCUUGUAGGAAAAGCUUCUUGAGAAUCCGGGUCCUUAUUCCUCUUGAUGAACCUUUGGCUACGGGUUUUAUUUUACAACGUCCUCCUAAGCCACCAGCUCAAGUUUUUUAUCAAUAUGAACGACUAUCUGAGUUUUGCUAUGCGUGUGGAAGGCUUGGGCACCUUUCUUUUGCAUGCCCAGUUAUCCCUCGUCCCCCUGAUUCUGGAAUUUUUGGUCCCAAACUAAAAGCAAAAUCUCCUUAUGCUAAUCGAGUGGAGCUGCUGCUUCCUCCUAGAAGCCUCCAGAUCUCUCCGGCUCUUGGAGGGCUUCACGCGGUGGAGAAUAUACUUGAUCUUUGCCACGACUAG